UAAAUCUUUAAUUGUGCAUUGUAUUUUUAAUUUGACUUUUUUCUCUGUGCAAAUAAUGUGGCACAGUACCAUCUACAAGAGAGGUGUGUUUGUAAUUAAGCCCUCCAUCCUGCUUGAGAUCACCAUGAUUGGCCAUCGUGAUGAUCACAUCAGGAACAAUGCUGAUUGUUUGCUGAUCGUUGAUCUGAGAGCUGCAUCUACCGUAGACAGUAUGUCUCUAAACUGAGAUUAUGGUAGUGUACAGUGCUGCUUCAUGCUGCUUUUUCACAGCUGCAUCGUAGAUUACGUUUUCUCAUCAUUUGGAAACAUGCUUGAAAACAUUGUGAUGGAUAACAGCCUAAUCAAACAGCGCUAAAUACUCACACUAGGUCUCUUCGAUGCAUUGAUUUUAAAUGUAGAUUUUUUUUUAAGCAUGUUCAAAUUUGGAUAGGAGUCUGCCUUUUAAAGGUGCAUGCUAGUCAAGCAUAAUGGAUUUGCAUUUAAAUUCAAUAAGUGGGCACAGUCUGCCUGAUAAGUGGCUGGCUGUAGAUUCCAUCAUUGUUUUUCACUUCUGCUCUAGGCUAUCCUAACUUGUUAUACUUGUUAUCCUCCUUUUGGGUCCCACACCAGUGCACUUGGCUCCAGCCAGGUGCCCCGACAGCAAGCGGCUUGCUGUGGGGGCGCCCCAGCAGGCGUGCUUCCAAGCCGGGGCUCUGUGUUUAUUCACACACACACAGCUGCGGCAUCACCCGCCCCAUAGAUUGCAUGAAGGUAAAAAGAUUGUGCCUUUACAACCACUUUUUAAGGUUUCCAAGUAGGUUCUUAAUAGAGAAACCUGUGCUGUCCUCUUUCUGGCAAAGUAAACCCAGUCAAGGUUACUUUGAGAAAGCUCCAGAACCCUUUCAUUUAAAACCUAAGGUGGCAUGGUUUUGCUCUAGACUGCUCCUCACACCUCCCUGUUGACAGCUAUUAAGGACAGGAAGAUUUUUUAACAGGGGUGGGUAGACUUUUUAUAUCCACUGUGUGUGUGUUUUAUAUAUAUGUAUACAGUCAUAAUUCCACCCCAAAGUACAUAUACAGUAUAAACAAGCACCCAAUAUUUAGCGUAGCACAGAAGACAGAUGUGAAUGUCAUGUGUGUUGUAAUGCAAUGUAUUGUCCAAAAUAGUACCCAUAUUUAUCUUACAGUGUAUGUCAACCCACAAACUUUUUUUUUGUGGUUUCAUUCUGGUCCCAUCUAAAAAAACAGACAUUUUUAGAUAGUCUGUUGAAAAGUUUUGUAUCUUUAGUUCAGUAAGAGCUCUUCCCUUUGUAGGCUUACAAACUAAGCUGCUGUAUCAUAAUUAGCAGCGCAUAUGAGUGUGACGUUGGGCUACCUACCUAUCAGGUCUAUCGGAUAGGCAGCCUUAUGGUCAACUGAAGGAGCUUAGUAACUACAGCAAAGAGAUGGCACGUAAAGAUAUACAGUACUUUUUUUUUGCUAAAGACAUGGACUAAUCCCAUCGCUUAGGAUGUGAUGCGUUUCCAGCAUUCCUCAUGGCUGACCCAUUCCAUGCCACACGCUUUCCGUUCUUUUGCCAGCUGUGGUUUGGGGUUUCCUCUUUGUAUGUUUACGUUUUGGCUAUGUAAAAGCUCUGCUUGCAGUCUGCUUAAACCCUCCAUGAUUUGUGUCAUAGGAAAAAAAUAUCCCUGUGAAUCUCAAGUCUAGCAAUCAUCCUGUGAUCCUCGAGCGACUCCACAGAGAAAAGUUGGCGGCUGAUGAUGAGAAGAUGGACACAAUUGCAACAAAAAACGGAAUUGAUGCUCACACCAGGUUGCCAAUUAUUAAGCUGGAAAGGCUGGAUUACAGAAAUGGAAAAAUACACAUCAACUGAGGAUGGUGGUGCCUGGAUCAUUGGCAAAGUGGAGACCAAACAAAUAAAACAGGAGUGCAAAGAGAGUAACAUAGUCGAUCAGGAAAUACAAGAACAGCCCCUGGUAGAUCUUCACUGCCCGGUGAAAGCAGAAGAGUUUAUUGUAGAGACGGAUGAUGUAGAGGCAGCUGAUGAGAGCACUCCAGUGAUUACGCAGAUCUUCAGCUUGGGUACCUUAAACACCAAAAUCGGCCUGGAUACAGUUCUGCAAGAAUUAUUGGCGGAGCUGAAUGAGAUCCCUUUGCCAGCCCACUGGGAGGUCCUGUCUGACAUGGGCCCUACCUUGCAGUUGGUGCAGAGGUCAAAAGCCUCCACCAUGGCAGAGACAGUUGUUCACAUUCAGCCAGGACUUUACUUCCACAUUGUUGUCAGAGAUUACACUGUACCUUCCCUCCACGAACUCUACGAAACUCACCCAAGCCGGCUUACCACCGUUGAUGAUGUGGUGGAAUUAAUCUGUGACCUUGAAGCUUAUCGUCCUUGUGCAGGCCUUCCCAGACAUGGGCCUCGUUCUCCAAACUGCCAAGUACUAGUAUAUGAAGAAUGGUGUCCAGCAUGCAUCCCAAACCCCUGGCCUUCAGGGUUUGUCGGCUGAGCCAGAGAAGGUGAUGGAUGAGCUGGAGCUCAGGGACAAAAAAAUUGCUUAUGAGAUAUUCAUAAGUGAAGUGUUUUGGAUUGUAUGUUCUGAAGGUUACAAGAAAACAUCUGAGACCUUCACCUAAGAUGAACCUGUGUAUUACUUGGCAGUGGUUCAGCAUUGUGGAUCAUUUACCCCCUUUACCACCACAUUAAACCACACUGUACUACCCUGCUGGAAUAAUAAGCUGUAUGCAUAGGUAGAUGAUAUGUUAGCCAAAGAUGAGCCAGUGAUGGACCUUUAUGGUUGUUCAAUAGGUAGCAUGGGUUUACUGAUGGAAAAUUCUGUAUAGUUUGGAAUCCAAGCUGAAUGUAAGGAUUGUUUUAACAAAUGGUCAAUCCAUAACUAGGCAUCACCAACCUGGCAAAGAAUUGUUGCCUCAUCCAUCCCAGUUCCGUACCGUGGACCAAAUAAAAGCCAUGUCUGUAAAAAUGGAGGUUUUAAUAUGCGUUUGGCUGCAGGGCUGGCUUAUCCAGCGUUUGGAGACCUACUGCAGAAAUGUAUGGACAAAACACUUCACUCAGGGCUGGACAUAUCCCAGGAGUCAGGUAGCCAUUAAACGUCUAAGUCACAGCUCAUGGCCUGUUUUUGUUUUUGCCAGUUGAAAUAUGUUUUUAGAUUCCUAGAUUGGACUAACUGGCUCCUGAAUUCUGUAUUCAUUUGUCCAUCCCUGGCUUAUUUUUAGGCAUAGUAUUGAAACUAUUAGUUGUGCACAGGCUCUAGAAUAUCCACUGUAUUGCCUGGAAAAUGUUCAGAUUUUUGAAGAGGCCUUGGGGCAACAGUAAACAUUGCUCCUAACC